AUGGGAAAGGGCUCCUUUAAGUAUGCCUGGGUCUUGGAUAAAUUUAAAGCUGAUCAUGCUGCCAUUGUUGAUGUGGUUCCUGGCAAGCCCAUGUAUGCUGAGAACUUUUCUGACUAUUCUCCUCUGGGUCAUUUUGCUGUUUGUGAUAUGAGACAGACAGUUGCCAUUGGUAUCAUUAAAGCCAUGGAGAAGAAGGCUGCUGGAGCUGAGAUUGAAAGAUUGGAAGUAGAGAGGACAAGUGUAUACCAGCGACUGUAUGAGAUGGGAGUGGAUAGUAAAGGGUGGACAACACAGCUGGCAGAGUUAGUGAUGACCCUUGGGCUAGGACUCCUGUUGCCUCUGCUGUUGGAACAGCUCUGCUUCCAGCUCCUAGGAACCUCUGCAGAUAGUAUGCAGUACCACCACGACCUGCGGACAGACAAUUGCAGCUGUGGACCAGAAGGAACACAGGAUAAUAGCUCAGAGGUGUCUGCUCAUACACUCCUCCUCUCCCUGGACUACCAGCAUGUGCAAGUUCCAUUUGAGAUUACACUCUGGAUCAUGUUAGCAUCUCUGGCAAAGAUAGGAUUUCACCUCUAUAAUAAGAUGCCCACAGUUGUACCAGAAAGUUGCCUCUUAAUAUUCAUGGGCCUCAUCAUGGGAGGAUUAAUUUACAGCUUAAAUGACAAAUCCCCACCAGUCAUGGACAGUGACAUAUUUUUCCUGUACUUGCUUCCACCAAUAGUCCUUGAGGCAGGAUAUUUUAUGCCCAGUCGACCCUUCUUUGAGAAUAUAGGAACCAUUCUGUUAUACGCUGUAGUUGGAACCAUGUGGAAUGCAUUUGGUAUAGGUCUUUCCCUCCAUGGCAUAUGUCAGGUGAAGUACUUUAACCUUCAAGAUGUGUCAUUGCUCCAUAACCUUUGGUUUGGUGGCUUGAUUGCUGCAGUAGAUCCUGUUGCUGUACUCUCUGUAUUUGAAGAAAUUCAUGUCAAUGAAAAGCUUCAUAUUUUGGUAUUUGGAGAAUCCCUCCUUAAUGAUGCUGUUACUGUUGUACUCUAUAAGCUGUUCAACUCUUUCUGUGACAUGCCAUCUAUCAAACUGGUAGAUAUUUUGGCUGCAAUAGGAAAGUUUAUUUUGGUUGGAAUAGGAGGAGUUUUCAUUGGGUUCCUGUUCGGCAUGUUUGCUGCCUUUACCACCCGUUUUACCAAGACCAUCCGCGUCAUUGAACCCCUCUUUGUCUUCUUAUAUAGUUAUCUCUCCUACCUGACAGCUGAAAUGUUCCAUCUCUCAGGGAUUGUGGCAAUUAUUAUCUGUUACGUGGAAGCUAACAUAUCUCAGAAGUCCCAUACUACUAUCAAGUACUUUAUGAAGAUGUGGAGCAGUGUUAGUGACACCCUUAUCUUCAUUUUCCUUGGAGUUUCUACCAUUGGAAAUAACCAUGAAUGGAAUUGGCCUUACAUUUGUUUCACUGUCAUUUUUUGUCUUAUUUGGAGAGCAUUAGGCGUUCUUGUGCUGACUUUCUUCGUGAACAAAUGUCAUGUGAAUACAGUCACCAAAAAGGACCAGUUUAUUAUAGCCUACGGGGGACUGAGGGGAGCAAUCGGCUUUUCUCUUGUUUUCCUGCUCCCGGAGUUUUCCAGAAAGAAGCUCUUCAUUGCAGCAACCACUGUUGUUAUCCUAUUUACUGUUUUCGUACAGGGAAUGACCAUCCGUCCUCUUGUUGACUUACUGGAUGUGACAAGAAGAAGAGAGACUUCUCCAACAGUGAGUGAACAAAUUCUUUUAAGGUUCUUUGAUCAUUUGCUGGCUGGCAUAGAAGAUAUAUCAGGACACUGGGGACAAUAUUACUGGAAAGACAAAUUGGAGUAUUUCAACAGUAGAUAUCUGCAGAAAAUCUUGCUCAGAGAAUAUGAUCAGCCCAAAUCAAGCAUUGUACUUCUUUAUGAAAAGCUUGAGAGAAAACAUGCCAUCGAGCUGGCAGAAGCAGGGCAGUUAAUAUAUACACCAUCUAGUACAUCUUUGAUCCGCAGCUGUGAAACAACCAUUUCAAUCCCAUCCCCAGAACCUUCGAAUCAAGACCUCAUGGGUAACAUUCAAGAAAUACUGACCACAAACUUUUAUAAAAUCAGGAGAAUGGUGCCAACAUAUAGUAGAUACACUCUUCCAGGAGAAACAGAAGCAGCAGAAGAGGCAAAGGAAAUUCUCAUUCGCCGACAUAAGAGCCUACGACUGAGUCUUCCUCAAUGUGACUCUGGUCAAUCUCAAGAGGAGACAUAUUCAUCAAGGAACUGUGAGCUGAGUUGA